GUGCAGUAGGUGGCAGUGAUACUCAUCUAGAGUCUGCGAACAGCCAUUAAACCAAGACGAGAAUAAGCAAGUGUGGAGAGUUGCUUUUAUUCGCGUUUCGUCGGAUUUGUUUUCGUUUUAUACUUCGUGAAAAUGUCGAGACUAGAUAGGAUACAUUCUAACCUGAUGAAGCGAAUGUCAAUUGUCAUUCGUGAUAUUUGGGUGGAGGUGGAAGCGACGGUGAAGGACUAUCAGAAGGAAGCAGCCCAAACACGGUCAGAAAACGCGAGGCUGAAACAACAGCUCAGGGAUGCGCUGAGCAGGAAUCAGGCACAUUUGAACGGAGUCCACUAUGUCCCUCCUGAAGAAGCCUCACCCACAGAAUUACCAGCGUGUGGAUAUGGGUCCCCAGCUGAAUCUGAAGACCCCGACGACCAGCAAACGGAGGGCGAUGCCAAGAGUCAGGCUUCACCUAGUGAACUGAAGCCGCGCAUACUAGAUGUCAUUUCAGUCUGUAAGACGGAAGCAGAAGAUAGAGAGCUAGUGCAUCAAAAAGAUGUCUCAUCUGUAGGUGAACAACGGAUUGACAGCUCAAGUACGGAUGAGACAUUGAACAGGAACGCAGCCACUGUGGCAACACAGAGGGUCAAGACUGAGCCCGAGGACACCAUCAUCACAAUAACGUCUUCAGUUACUACCACCCCUGCCCACGCCGGUCCGCGUCAAGACUCAGAACCCGCUCACCACGCUUCCACCUUGUUGAAGAGAGCGCAGAAGAAGGAGUGCCUUCGCACACGAUACACCAUGCCUAGGAGAGCAUCCGCAAAAGAUCACGCCCAUGAAGAGCCGUAUAAGUGUAACAAAUGUGGAAGGCAGUUAAAGGACUUGGCAAAGCUGCAGCUGCAUAAGAAAUUGCAUGAAAGGUCCUUCAUCUGUCACUGGUGUGGCAGAAACUUCUCAAAGUUUGACUACCUUCGGAUGCAUAUGCGCACACACACCGGAGAACGGCCUUACCGCUGCCACUGGUGCUCAAAGACCUUCAGCCAGAGCGGAAACAUGAGGAGACAUGAGCGCACGUGCCGGAAUUUUAGUGAAGAAUCGACAUCGCAUGGGCUGGAAGAUCAACAUCUGUCCGCUGACUGACCAUUGUUGCCAGAUCACACCUCGACAAAAAACCUGUUGUUGUGAUAGAGAGCUGAAAAUUGAUCUUUUUCAUUAUAAAUAUUGGGAUAUUUAUGAUUUUAUCAAGUAUAUUAGAAGCUUCCAUGUUACAGAACAUACAGAAAGCCUUUAUGCUGUUUGACCAACAUUUCUAUGAACUUUUCAGGCCGUAUGUGUGCACAGAUGUCACCAGUAAGUCGAAAAAACAUGAGAAUGAACAUUUGACCUUUUGAGGAAGAUCACGUUGUGUUCCAUACUGAGUACCAUGACCUACUGUACUUCAAGACUGAUGUUUUAAUAUUAUAAAUACUCCACAGAGAGCAGUUUCUAGCCAAUGAAAUGUUUUUUUUAGGCAGUGCAUAACUAUAAAAAUGUAUAUUCACUAUAGGAAGGAAUAACUUUCAUUACUUGUUUUAUUAAUUUAGUUUUUUUAUAUUUUUUUCUGGCCUACGCAUUACAAUUUGAAAAUUCCAGAUUUUGGUGACUGUGGGAAUUACAGAGGAUGAGUUCAAUCUAAAGCAGUAGAUUAGGAUAAGAAUCAGUGAGGUAGACUGGACAGUAAAAUGUACUUAAACUACAAAAUUGUCAGAAGAAAAUCAUGUUAUUUGAGAAGAUGUAUCUUAUGACUGUCAAAUGAGGAACUUUGUUGUAUGUAAAAACAAACGCUUGAAUAAACUAGAUUCAGUUUAA